AUGAACACGUCCAUUCUCGUCGCUCAAUUCCGACCUGCUGCUGGUCCGUACGAGGACUUGUACCGCCAGCUCCAUGCAGAACCGGAGCUUUCUCUGCAGGAAGGAGCAACCGCUGCGGUAAUAGCGAGCUACCUGAGACAACUAGAGGGCGUCGAGGUUCGGACCAACAUUGGUGGGCAUGGCGUGGUUGGCAUUCUUAGAAAUGGUGUAGGAAAGACGGUGAUGUUGCGGGCAGACAUUGACGCUCUGCCUAUGGAGGAGAAGACUGGGUUGCCGUACGCCAGUAAGAAGAGGAUGGUUGACGUUGCAGAUAAUGUUGAAAAGCCAGUUAUGCACGCAUGCGGCCAUGACAUGCACAUCUCAUCUCAACUUGCAGCUGCGGAGCUACUGCACAAGUGUCGGGACAUAUGGAGCGGAACUGUCUUAUUCCUGUUUCAACCAAAUGAAGAACGGGGUGCUGGCGCACAAGCCAUGGUUGACGAUGGGAUUUAUGACCCGGCGAAGCAUGCUAUCCCGAAGCCCGAUGUUAUUCUUGGCGCACAUGUCAUGCCGCUAAGAGCUGGAAAGCUCUACAGUCGGAAGGGGGUCUUUGGCAGCGCGGCCGACAGUUAUAAGGUAACCGUCUAUGGCCGUGGUGGGCAUGGAAGCCGGCCACAUACCACAAUCGAUCCAGUGGUAUUGGGUUCUAGUAUAGUCAUGAAGCUACAGACCAUCGUGAGCCGAGAAUCGAACCCACAAGAAGCAGUCGUAGUCACUGUGGGUGCUUUCCAUGCCGGUUCAGCAGAAAACGUCAUCAGUGCAGAGGCAACCCUUUUGAUCAAUACAAGAACCUUUAGUCCUGAAUCGCGCACGCGCGUGAGAGAAGCCAUCGAGCGUAUCAUCAACGCCGAAUGUCAAGCUGCAGGCUGUCCGAAGCCGCCACAGAUCCGGGAGACAAGUUCAUUCCCAUUGCUGUAUAACGAGGAAUCGGUUACGGAGCGCGUCUCCGAGGCGCUGAAGGAGUAUUUCGGGGAUUCAUUCAAUCCAGAUGGACCGGUUUCAAUGGGCAGCGAGGACUUCAACAAUCUAGCCAUAUCAUCUAUCCCCUGCUGCUUUUGGAACUACGGCGGCAUCGACCCGGAGCUUUGGGAUGACGCGGAGAAGAGGGGCCGAACAGCUGAGGAGAUUCCAGGCAAUCAUAAUCCUUCCUUCGCGCCAGUAAUUCAACCUACUCUUACAGUCGCCAUCGAUGCAUAUGCUACCGCCACCCUAUCACUCUUACUAUGA